UGCUAAUUAGAGCGUUGGUUUCUUCGGCCGCCUGGUUCUUCACCUAAGACACGAUUUGGUUUCCUCCGAUGACGUUACAGCUUUCCAUCAUUCUGCCGCAUUGAAGCAGAUUCAAUGCGCUCUUCCCACUCCCCAGCAUUCGUAUAUAUAGAGGAUUUGACAGUCAUCGAAUCAAUCUAAAUCUCUAUCACCACUAUCCGAUAAUGGCUAAGCAACACCUCCAUUCUCGGAGCUCAAGGCAGGCCAGUGUAGGAACUUGGUUGUGACAAGGCUCCUUCGAUUCUGGGAAGCUCGCAAUGCCAAGAAAGUCAACUCUGAUCCAGGGGUCAAUCGGCCUGCACGACUCAAUAAAACUCCACGGGCUGAAAGCAGUGACCUUAUCAUGAUGAAAUGUUUCCGCAGUUACGAAUAGUUCAUGUUCAUGGUCAAUCAGUUCUUAAUUCCUUGACAGUGUCAGAACAUAUUUUCUAUGUUCUCAGCUUCCAACCGGAGUAAAAUUAUAAAAACGAGCAAGUUCACAAAUGUACCUGCUGCUGCAGAAUCACAACUCAUGGUGGCAGUUGCUGCCGGACAGGAAGACCGACACAACUUGGCCUUUCAUGAUCUCGCGCAUAUUUGAUCCCAACCAUCGCCCUAAUUUUGAGAAUCAGGCCACGACAACUCAAGCGAUGACAUGCCAGGACCUGGUUCUGAUUCAAAAAUUCCUUCAGUUGGCGCUGACUUGGUCUCUUCCUGACACCAGCACGAGAGUCGGUGUUGACAAUGUUGUUACUGUUAACAGCAGAGGAAUCAUCAAUGGCGUGGUUUUCGAUGAAGGUGUCUCAGGAGAUGGGUGUGAACGCAAUGUCAAACCUGUUAGGGAAGGUGGCUCUUCUGCAAAGAACCAACGUCAUGUCUCGAAUCUGCACUAUCAUAGUGUGGGACAACUACUCCAGUCACUCUGUUUUCUUUUUUGAAAUUUCCUCAAAAUAAUAAAAGUGUUCCUGCAACAAUCUGUUUCCGUAUUUUUGAUCGUUUAGUUUUAAAAACGUAUUAUGUUCUCAACAUGGAUACGCUUUUGGCAACCUCAAACAAAUAUUUUUAUUGAACCCAUCUA